AUGAUUUUCAAGUCUCUGAGCCCUGACAUUAAUCUGCCCAAGAGCGUCUCACUAUGGUCAUGGCUGUUCGACUCCCCUCACUCGCGCUUCUCCGAGCUUCCUCAAGACAGCAUCCAAGGGUUUACUGAUGUCUUCACGAAGAAGCAUCUGAGCUUCCACGAUCUGAAAAGCCACGCUACUCACCUAUCGACUGCUCUCAAGAGCUUCCACAACCUCCAGGAAGGCGACGUGGCCAUCGUCUACGGCCGGAACAGCAUCUGGUAUCCCGUAGCCACCCUGGCCGUCGCGCGCAUCGGUGCCAUUGCCUGUGGCGUGUCUCCAGAGUAUAAUGUCGAGGAACUGUCCCACAGCUUACGUGUGAGCGAAGCAAAGAUCAUCUUCACGACCCCAGACUUGGCAGACACGGCAUAUGCCGCCGCUGAGAACUUGAAUAUCCACAAGGAAAAUAUCAUUCUUCUCGAUGGCCAAGGCGACGGCAUUCGGAGCAUCCCGACGCUGAUUUCCAAAGCCCAGGCCCUUGGCAAGGCCGCGGAAGCACCUUUGUACGAAAUACCGCACGGAAAAUCGAAUUCCGACGUGUGUGCCUUUCUAUGUUUCAGCAGUGGCACCACUGGGCUUGCAAAGGCCGUCAUGAUUUCCCACGGGAAUAUCAUCGCCCAGUGCCUGCAGGUACAGGCAAUUACCCCAUCUGACCACACCAAGAUCCUGGCCGCACUGCCAUUCUACCAUAUCACGGGGAUAGUGCAUCAGCUGCAUUUUCCCAUUUCGACCAAUGCCCACGUUUAUGUGCUCCCGACAUUCACCCUGGAUACGCUGCUCUCGGCGGUCGCAGAAUACAAGGUGAAGGAGCUGCUGAUGGUACCACCCAUCCUGAUCCGUCUGGUUCGGGAUGAAGCUAUCGUGUCUAAAUAUGACCUCUCGCACAUAGUUCGGUUCUCCUCUGGCGCUGCGCCUCUAUCGAAGGAGAUCCUCACCCUUCUAGAGAAAAGGUUCCCCGGCACUGGCUUUAAGCAGGGCUACGGCAUGACCGAGUCAUGUUCGGUCAUCACCGUUCACCCACCUUCUAAGUAUGCCUACAAGUAUGCCGAUAAAGUGGGCACGAUUGUUGGAUCCACAGAAGUGCGAAUUGUUGACCCGGACACACAAAAGGAUUGCGGCGUAGGUGAAGCUGGAGAGAUUUGGGCGCGAGGGCCGCAGGUGGCCAUGGGCUACUUGAACAAUCCCGGGGCAACUGCCGAGACGUUUGGCGAAGACGGGUUCUUACAUACGGGCGACAUUGGAAAAAUUGACGAGGAAGGGUUCCUCUCUAUAACGGACAGGAUAAAGGAGAUGAUCAAGGUCAAAGGCAUUGGUGUCGCACCCGCAGAGCUCGAGAACCUCCUCCUCGGACAUGCCUCCGUCAGCGACGUUGCAGUUUGCGGCAUUCCCGACAAUCGCGCUGGAGAGAGGCCAAAAGCGUAUGUAGUGCUAAAGCCGUCGCACGCAUCUUCGCCGGGGGAAACAGGGCUCGCAUUGAUCAAGUACGUCAAGGACAAAAAGGCAAGAUACAAGGCCAUUGUGGAGGUUGAGAUGGUCCAAGAGAUACCCAAGAGCGCGGCAGGUAAGAUUCUCCGACGAAAGCUCCGGGAGGCGUCGAGCAACGGGAAUGUAGUUGUUCGGGAUGAGCCUACCAGGGCGAAGUUGUGA